GUGCUCGAGCAUGACAGACAGAUAUCAUAGAUAGAUAGAUAGGGUAUAGAUAGAACAUCCCCCCAAGCCGGGAUCCAAAUUGUCGGGAGUCGACUUAUCAUGUGUCAUAUCUAUUCAUCCAUCCAUCCAUCCAUCCAUCCACGAUAUUUCAUCUAUCCAUCGUACUCUGGUAUACCGCAUCCUGCGCAUGAUACAGCACCUCCCUGAGUUGUGUGGGAAUGAAAGAAUGAAAGAAGGAAAAAGGUUCAGUCGAGAGGGGAGGUGAUGGAAAAAUGGGAAAUAUAUACGAGUAUAUUGAUUAGGCAGGUGGGUGUUUUUUUUUUUAAUACUCGUCAAUUUUUACUGUUUGUGGACGAUGAUGGGUGUGAUGGGUGCUUUUCGGUGUGCUGUGUUGAUGAUUGUCACUUGUAGAAGUAAAUUAUGAUAAUAUUGUGUGGGUGGUGCGGCGUCGGCCACGGCGGCGGCGACCGGUGAUGAAGGGGGUUGAAGGAAGGUGGGGGGAACGGAACGGAAGGGAAGGGUUAGGUUAUGCCUACCAUGGUACGCCAAGACGCCACUUACUGUGCGUCCCCCUGUGCUUAUGUGUGCGGCAAUAAGUUAAGCGGCUUUGUUGCACCGAUCAUCUAACUAUGGGGAACUAAAAGGGAGAGGGGCUAAAAAAAAAAAAAAAGAAAUAGGGGGAGGGAACGCUAUGACCAGGUGCUUGGUUUGAUUCCCUGGCCUCAACCUGCUCCAUUGCGGCAUCACACCAAACCUCAACAGAUGUUCUUAUCAUUACACAAACCCCGCACAUUGCUGUUCCUGCGGAGGACGGCAGUGGCGGGGGCUAGGAGCACAAUUUGCAAACCUCCCCUAUCAUCAUCAUCGCCAUCAUCAUCAUCAUCGUUAUUAGUGCUACCACUACCACCUUCGGGAUUGGGCGUUCGGCGAAUAGCGACCUCGCAAUGGAUGUUUGCUCGCCCACGCUCUCCAAAAAUCCAUCCCGGGGAUGCAUGGAGGGGUUCCAUGCCACGGGAAGGUCAUGAAGAGGUGUCACCGCGAUCGGUAGAUGGGGCUGCCGCUGGUCAUGGUGGUGGAGGGGGGGGCAAUGGAGGACGAAACGAGGCGGAAUUCGGAAGCUCGGGCUCGAACGAGCCUGAGCCAGGUCGCCGGGUGGUUUUGCUCUUCAUCAGUUUGACACUCCCAGUGUUUAUCCUCUCGAAAAUCAACCUUCUCACACCAUUCCUGAUCUCGGCCCGAGACCUGGAGUCCGGUUCCAUACCCACCACCUCCUCGCUGACAAAAGAGCAACUGAACGCCUACAUCAGAGCCCACCGCCCGGACCUCCUCCGACUACAGCACAUCUCGCAGGCGACAUGGGCAAACACAACCCUAACGCCGAUCCGCUUCUUCCCGCAAUCCGCCGAUCCAAAACCAUGGCACACGAUGAUCACCUACGCCUUCAACCACGGGGGGAUGUUGCACUUCUUCUUCUGUUACAUGGGCUUCAAAGCCUUCGCACCUAGCCUCUCGUUCAUGUACGGUGACCGCCGAACCGCUGCCGCCUUCCUUCUUAGUUCGGCCAUGGCCGGCGCGGCGAUAACUGCCUGGGAGCGUUUCCUGAAUCCCUGGAGCAAAGUAUCCGGGCAGGAUCUCAGCGCAGCGCUCCACCACCGUCGGUUCCCGGCCACGGCGGUGACGGUGAUAGAUGAGGACGGGAGAAAUCACUUGGAGAGGAGACUCAAGGAUGCCCUUAGCACGAAUCUGGGCAGCAGUGGGGGCAUCGUCGCGUUGGGGACCAUCGCCGCCAUCGUUUGUCCGGGGAUGGAGUUGAACCUCAUGUUUAUUCCUUAUGACUUCAGGAUCCGCACGCUCAUGGCCGCGCUCGCAGUGUUUGAUUUCGGCGGCGCGUUUGUAUGGGAUUACGGGCUGGGGAUUUCGCAUAUGGGGCAUUUGGCGGGCUACGUCUCUGGAAUCCUGCUCUACACAUUAUGGCUCCGCCGUGUCCCUUUCGCCUUCGGACCCCGUAUGGGGGAAAGGCUGAGAAAGGCAGCUAUGCAACGGCCUCCUCCUCCCCGAUAGUGCCUUGCCGGCCUGUGUGGUACCCUACGUGCAUAUCGUUAUGUCAUACCUGUGGUUUCCUCUUUGUAUUAUAUCUCUAUCCAUCAAUCAAAUUAGUGGAAGGAAGAACCCGCAGUUCAUAUCA